AUGGCUAAAUUCGUGAUCGCAGGUAAAGCAGAUUGUCCAUAUUAUGCUAAAGCAGAACUUCUGGCUGACUAUUUACAAAAGAAUCUUCCUGAUUUUAAGAUACAUAAAAUUACACAACAUCCUGAGGUUUGGGAGGCAGAUUUAAUAUAUGACUUAAUCUGGGUUAUCUUUCAACAGGAGUGGCUGAAAAAUGUGUGUACAAAGAAUAAGUGGAGUCACAAGAAUUCUCCCAUCAUCUGGAGAGAGCUGUUGGAUCGUGGAGGAAAGGGUUUGCUUCUGGGAGGAUAUAAUGAGUUCCUAGAGCAUGCCCAGCUUUACUACGGUAUCACCUCUAGCAUGACGACUGAGAUGAUGAUGGUAAUUGCUCAGGAGAACCUGGGGGCACAUAUAGAAAAAGAGCAGGAGGAAAAUACCCUGAAAGGUCUCAUCAGCCCCCUGAACGUCUGGAUCACCAGUGCGUCUGCUCCCGCCUGCUACAACCUACUUCCCAUAUUGACCAGCGGGGAAGUGUUCGGGAUGGACACGGCAAUCAGCAUCACUCUGUUGGACAAUCCGCGGACAGAAAACAGUCUCAGAUGCCUGGUGAUGGAGGCCCAGGACCUGGCGUCGCCGGUCCUGCGCAGUAUCUCCCUCUGCACGAAGGUGGAGGAGGCCUUCCACGAGGCCCACGUGGUCAUCGUGCUGGACGACUGCACCGACCGGGAUGUGUACUCUUUGGAGGAAUGUCUCCGGAGCAAGGUUCCCCUGUGCCAGCAAUUCGGCUACAUGCUGGAGAAAAACGCUCAUGACUCCGUGAGAGUUAUCGUGGGAGGAAAAAGCUUUGUGAAUCUGAAAACGGCUUUGCUCGUGAAAUACGCCCCAAACCUCGCACACAAUAUUAUCACCGUGGCGCUGGGGGUGGAAGGUCAGGCCAAAGCCUUGCUGGCCAGAAAAAUGAGAACAACUCCUUCAUACAUUAAAGAUGUGAUAGUUUGGGGUAAUAUCAGUGGAAAUAACUACAUUGAUCUGAGAAAAACAAAGGUUUACAGAUAUGAGAGUGCCAUUUGGGGACCUUGUCAAUAUUCUCGCCCUGUCUUAGACUUGAUUUUUGACAGUGAGUGGGUAAACAAAGAAUCUGUGGCAGUUCUUAACAACUGGACUGCCACAGGAAAACAAUUUGGAGGCAUUCUGGCUGCACACAGUAUAGCCACUACAUUGAAAUACUGGUACUAUGGCUCACCCCCUGGGGAGAUUGUGUCUGCUGGAGUGUUGAGUGAAGGCCAGUUUGGUAUUCCUGAAGGGCUUGUCUUUUCUAUGCCUGUGAAAUUUGAGAAUGGAACUUGGGAGGUACUCACAGACCUUGAAGAUAUUGAAAUAAGUGAAAAAAAAAUGGCCAGAAUGACAAGUGAUCUCAUUCAGGAGAAACUUGUUGCACUUGGAGAUGUGCUAAUUUUUCGGCCAUACCAAUCAGGCUGCUAUAACAAAAAUCCCAUAAACUGGUUGGCUUGUAAACAAUAGAAAUUUACUUGCCACAGUUCUAGAG